AUGGAUGCUGCCGCCCAGUCCAGCUCCAUCGCCAUCUGCAGGGAAGGCCUGAAGGCCUUCGACCCCAAACAACCCGAGAACACUCAAGCCAUCAAGGAAUGGGAGGAGCUGGUUGAUAAGAUUAAAACCCCUACCGUCAUAACCGCCCUCAACGGCCUGAUCAAGCCAGGCGUGUGCCCACCAUGGCUGCGCCAGCAGCUGCUGCAGAAGCUGGCGCGAGUGCCAGCCGAGCGUCCAGACGGCGUUCGGGCCACAUUAGAAUUCGUUGCCUCGAUCCAUCCUUCGAGCACGGUAAACGUGUCCGAGGCCGCAGUCCCGCAGUCGAAGGGAGCCAAUAUCACCCAGGAGGCCCUCGCUCUUGCAGCCAACGCCAUAUCUCGCCCAGCACGAACGAUGACCCCCGAGGCGUGGUACCCGGCCAUCGCGACCCAGUUGCUGACGUUGCUUGAUGGAAAUGAAGGGCCAGACUUAGCCAAAGCAGCCGCCUACAUUAUCGGCUUCAACAUUUUGGGGAAAAAAUCUUCGGGAGCCCCAGGGACCGCUGGCUACAAGUCUUUGGCAGAGCCCAUGCUGAAAGCCAUCAAACCGCCUCCUCGGCUCUCACACGAGGCCGAUACCGAUGUUAACAACGUCCUCGACCUAAGUAAGGACAAGACUGUUGUCUCGUACGACGACUUGGCCACUGCGCUUCAUCGGCUACACGCGUUAUUGACAGGGCACCCUAAUCCGAACCUUUGUCGGCGGUUACUCACUGUUGUGGUCCUACCACUUUGGGCUCUUGCAGCCUGGCCCACGCCGUCGCCGCCUGUUGCAGCAAAGGUGUGCACAACUGCGAUGGAACUACUAAAGAUCCAUAUCAAGUUACUUGCGAAUCCUUAUGCCAUCCUGUUUUUCGCCCAGAACCUCGGAUACAGCGGCGGCCACGACAAAAAGAACCCCGAGUGGAUAUUCAGAUCUACGGAAGACGGUUUGAUUCAAAUCGUAGACACCAAACAUCAACGCCUAAGAGAUAAUGGCCUACCGACGCCGCGACUCACGCUCGAGGCCAUAGACGACAAAAUAUCCAAGCUUCUAGACCUUAUCUCAUCGAACCUUUCCGAAGAAAACAUUUCUUUAGGCUUCCUUCAACUCUUCAAGAAAUGGACAGAGUCCUCGCCGCUUUCGAAAUCUGACGGUAUCGCGGGGAAGGAGGAAAACGACCAGGACAUAGAUGACCAGGAUGCGCUUGGCCGGUUGGUCGAGAUCAAGGUGCUCCAACGCAUAAUGGAGAGGUUCCCCGAUAAGCUUGCCACAAAACCGAAGCACGUUUUCGAGUUCGCCAGCCAGGUACUGGCGCGCUCUGGAAAUAGCUCAAACGACGACGACGAGACCACAGGCGUGGCGCUAAGCCUUCUUUUUACCGUUAUCACCGCCGUCGGCUUCCAAAAGUCUCAGGUCGAUACCAAUAUCCUCGGCCUUAUCGAGUCGUCCCUUGACAAGCUCUCCAAAGCCGACACCGAGAUUUCCAAGACUGCCUCUAACCUCAGUCUACUUCUUCAAUACGGUGAUGCACUGGACCCGACCGGCCCCGCCACCACGGCACCUACCGACCAGCAGAUCGAAGACCGAAAGACUUAUAACCUCGCCGUUUCUUACAUCCUCGACCCCGAAUCCCCCCCUCCCGUGCGCUCCGAAGGCCUAAACCUCAUCUCCCAAUUAAUCACUGCACAGUCGCCUAUCCUCGACAUACCCGGUAUCCUAGUCCUCCUCUCGUCCGUUAUCGCCGACGCCGAGGAGUACGUUUACCUACGCGUGAUUAAACUAUACCUUCAACUCUGCGACGCCCACCCCAAAUCCGUGGUCCGCGAGCUCACCGAAUGCUUCCUCGACGAGGGCGAGACCCGCCCGCUCGACGCUCGCCUGCGCUUCGGUGAGGCACUGCUACAGGUCAUCCAGCGCCUGGGUGAAACUUUUGCAGGCCCCCUCGCGCACGACACGGGCACCGCGCUGUUGGCCACCGCGGGACGUCGCGCACACAGGUCCAAGACGGAGGCGAGACAGCUCCGCGAGGCGGAGGCGCGGGAGAAGAGGAAUCGUGAGGCGGCGGAUGCGUGGGGCGGUGAUGUGCCGGAUUUGGGGGAUGAUGAGGGGAUGACGGCGGAGGAGAAGCUCCGCAAUGAGGCUCUUGAGCAGAUUGUGGAGGGCUGGGAAAGUAAAAACGGUAGCGAGGACGUUAGGGUGCGCGCCUCGGCGCUGUCGAUCCUGGGUGCGGCGGUCGAAGUGAAUGUCGCCGGGCUGGGCCGCAGCCUGGUGACCGGCGUGGUGGAUCUCUGCAUCAUGGUGUUGCAGGUGGAACCAGAGGCGGAAGCAGGUAUCUUAAGACGUGCCGCCGUUAUGUUUGUGCUAAGCUUUGUGAAAGCUUUGGACCAGGCGAGGGAGAGGGGGAGAGAUCUCGGGAUGAGGUUCGGGCCGCGAGCUCAAGAGGACGUAUUGCGGGUGUUAAAGUAUGUGGCCGAAACGGACAACGACGGUUUGGUGGUGCAGCAUGCGAAGGAUGUGAUGGAGAGUUUGGAGAACUGGAGGAUUGUGAGGUUGCUGCCGGCCGGGCCUGCUCAGGAUCAGGGGUUUGCUGGGCUCACGCUCACUAGGCUUGCUGGGUUGGUUGUUAACCCAGAGAGUACGGAUUCCGGUGAGGGUAGCUCCCGACCUAAGAAGCCUCUGAUUGAGGAGGUGGAGUAG